UUUUAGAAUAUUUUCGAGAAUGGCUGGUAAAUGUGAAGUAAGACUAAAGGAACUGCAGCCAAGCGAUAGUGAAAUACUAAUAUCAUUAGUGAGGAAUUAUUUAAAAUGUUCACCUGAUCUGGAUAACGAAGCUACCAUUAGGUUUCGUUCACCUUACUUGCAAACAACAAAACAUGAUGCACGUGGAGAUGCGGUGGCAUUGAUUGUUGAACAUUUGCAUCAAAAAAAUUUUCCGCCUUGGGCGGGUUAUGCAGUAGCAUAUUCAAUAGUGGAUAUAUAUGCAAGUGAACUAAAUACAACAGAGGUACCAUUUGAUGAGAAUGAUUACAGUACAAUAGACGCCACAAUCUGGUGUCGUGAAGUUAUACAUUAUUUGAAUAUGUAUUUCAACAGUUUGGUAAACAAUUCUGUUCCACUACCAAAGAUUCAAUCAAUUCCCGAUCAGUUGUUGUAUUCUUACUGUGCCCAGAAAAAUCGACGUUCCAAAAUGGAAGAUCGUGCAGUUCUUCUGCCUUCACUUUCCGUGAUUGAGCCAACUAAGGGUGCUUGCCGUGAUCGUGAUUCGUUUUUUGCCGUAUUCGAUGGGCAUAAUGGAGUCGAUUGCGCCAAUUAUGCAAGCUCCCACUUUGCAAGAUGCCUUAUUGAAAAUACUCAAUACGCUGUUGGUCAAAUUGAGAAUAUAAUGAGAAAUACCUUUACUGAGCUUGAUAAAAGACUCACUGCACGAUGUAAAAAUGAGCAUAUAAAAGGUGGCACUACUGCUGUUUGUGCUUUUCUGCGAGCUAGGAGGCAUUUGUGUGUUGGUUGGUGCGGUGACUCAGCUGUAGCUGUCUUAAGAAAAGGUACAGUACGGACGUUAUCCUCAGCCCACUCACCAGAUGUUCCGGAAGAAGUGCGUCGUGUAGAAGAAGCUGGUGGAAUGGUUGUUCCGAUACAAGGCGAGCUGAGAGUCAACGGAAUUUUAAAUCUAACACGCUCUCUUGGCGAUAUUGAUGGCAGACCGAUGAUAUCACCUGAACCAGAUAUUUUGUCAUUUGAGCUUGAUAAUUCCGAAUACCUUUUAUUUUUAUCUUGCGACGGUGUUUGGGAUUCAAUGAGUGAGCAGGAGGUGUAUUCUCAUGUUGCGCAGUUUGUUUGUAAAAAUUCACAAGAAAGUUAUGGUAAGCUGGCAGAGUUCAUUGUUGAUCGAGCUAGGGAAUCAGGAGCGACAGACAAUUUAACUCUUAUCUGUGUUUUUUUGAGGCCUGUGGAAGAUUUAUGGAAGCUGUUCAUUGCUGAUUUAUAAUUCUUAAAUAUUUAGUCCCUUUUUCUUUCAACCAUGAGAAAGUUACUGAUUGUUGGACGGUUUUUUGUCCAAUUGUGCCUUGUGAAGUAUUCUCUGGUGUUAGUCCUGCAUGAUCUGUAUUUAAUUCUCAUCAGAUAAGUCAUUUCAGCUUUGUUAUAUUUAUUAAUUUAUUUAUUCAAGAAGGUCUUUGGGAUUUUGAGAUUAUGGGCUGAAGACGGAAA